CCAACCUCCUCGGCGGAGUAAUUGAUCACCUCCGCAAGCAGUUAACCGGAGUUCCUCUAUGAAAAUUACGGGCCUUAUGGAUGGCAGCCGACGUAAAAUACGCGGGACUCCUCGAGUCCCAGAUGUCCCCUGAGUGCCCGGCAACUGUGGCCGUGGCCCAGGAUGACAUCACCGGCAACGCCAAGUCAGGAAUCUGAAUACGUUGUGCCAGCGUCCAACUCGCAGGAAGCCCAGCCGUCCCCGCUCGCCCUACUCGCUGCUACGUGCAGCAAGAUCGGCUCACCGAUCACAACGGCGUCGGAAGACGCGGGUACGGCCGGCGGCGAGCAUUCGCCGCCGGCCCCCAAAGUGGUCGUCCCUGGACAAACAGUCCUUUCAGCCGGUGAAGUCGUCGCAGCGCAGUACGUCCAACCCCAGACGGUCGGUCUGCUCAACCUUGACGGAACCGUGACGCAAGUGACGACAACCACGUCGCCCACCGUGAAAGCAUCGCCUCAACAACAGGCGCAGCAACAUGUGUUUUCGCCGGGAACUCAAAUUGUGGCACAGAUGACUCCGAGUGGUCAGAUUGCGUACAACGCGAUACCGCAGAUUCAAAACAUUCAGAUCGACGGUCAGGAGGCGAUCUUUAUUCCGGCCUCCUUCACUGGUGGUCAGCAAGCCAUCCAGUUUGCGGGAGGGCAAGCGCUUCUCGCCAAUCAAAGUUUCCUGCGACCGCAGGCAAACGCCUUCGCUCAGAAUGUUGCAAUUCGACAAGGAAACGUGGUUCAAACACUGCAGUUGCCCAUCGCAGCUCCCAUGCAACAGACGUUACCAGUGCAGGUGCCCAUCUCGACGGCUAAUGGACAAACCGUGUUCCAGACAAUUCAUGUGCCUGUACAAACUGUGCAAACAGUGGCUGCACCUCAAGGCAAUAUGCUCGCGGCACCUGGACAACCUAUUACUGCACAAGUUGUGCAACAGCUAGCGCACAUGCAACCGCAGGUAGCUCAGCUCACGCAGGGUCAGCUCCAACAGAUCCAAGUGGCAGCCUCGUCCGCUUCCCAGCAGGGCAACACUGCAUGGUCCUCCACUGUGGCCUCAACGGCUGAAAAUAGCACCAUCACUACCACCGCACAGCAAAAUGCCCAGCAGCAGCAGCAAUCAAAUUGUGCCGCAGCACAUCAACAGCAAGCAGCAGUAGCUGCGCAACAAGCUGCCGUCCAGCAAGCAGCUCAAGUAGCCCAGCAAGCUGUGGCAGUGCAGCUCCCUUCUGGGCAAGUGGUGCAGGGCCAGAUUGGUCAGAUGCUGGCCGGUGGUGCUACCUGGUGGCCAAUGGGGAUUAACAUGUCUGGACUGGCUGGACUUAGAUCACCUAAUAUUAUACAGGUUCAGAGCUUGCCCGCAGCCGUAGCAUCUGGUCUCCAAGUGCAGGGUGCUCCCGGGGCCGCGGCUCAGCAGCAGUUAUUGGGUGGUGCCAUUCAAGCGCUGGGUAUCACACCGCAGGGUAACGUGAUUGCUUCGCCACUGCAGGGGCCCCUCAGUCCAUUGCAGACGGUGCAGGCGGCGCUCGCGAAUGGACAGCUCGUAGCCCAACAGUUCCAACAGGACCCGAACGACCCCAACAAGUGGCAAGUCGUGAACGCGACACAGCAGACAGUUGCGGCUGUGCCCAGUCAAGCUACUCAGUUGGUUCAGGCUAAUCAGCAGCAGCAGCAAGUUCAACAGGGAUCACUCGGGGGCACACAGACCCCAACGAGUGACGGGAUGGAUGGGGGUGCUGGCAGCUCGGAAGAAGGUGCCAUCACCCCGCAAGUACCAGGACAGUUCAGGAGGCUUAGGCGUGUCGCCUGCACCUGUCCAAACUGCCGAGAAGGAGAAGGAAGGAGCAGCGAAAGCAAGCGUAGGCAGCACGUCUGCCACAUCGUGGGCUGUGGAAAAGUGUACGGAAAAACAUCCCACCUGCGGGCCCACCUGCGCUGGCACACCGGCGAACGCCCCUUCGUCUGCGAGUGGCUCUUCUGUGGAAAGCGGUUCACGCGCUCCGACGAGUUACAACGACACAAGCGAACCCAUACGGGUGAAAAACGCUUCCAGUGUGCGGAGUGCCUGAAGCGCUUCAUGCGCAGCGACCAUCUGUCCAAGCAUCUGAAGACGCAUCUCAGCAAGAAGGGGGGGCCGCUCUCCGGCGGGAGUGCAGACCCCACACAGGAUGGCACUGGAUCGGACUUUGCCCCAGAUUCGUGCGACCUGGAAAUGUCUGUCGACGUAUCGGACCAUGACUUGUCCAUCAACGAGUCAGCUGUCGUCGAGGGAGCUGUCCUGGCGCAAAACUAACGCUGUCGUCCCACCUCAAUUCGCGGAGGAAAAAAGGCGCGGAGGGGGGCGUACUGAUUAUACUGGCACACAAACUGUGCCAUCGGAUAUUGUACCGGGCGUUAUAGCUGAGUUUGCGGUUUCAGUGACUAAUAUAACGCAGAUCUGUGGUUCUGCCGAGAGUUAAUUUUUUUAAAAAUUCAUCGGGGUUGCAUAAUUAUUUUUUGCACAAAGUUCAAAUUUCGUCUGAUGUAUAGAGUCCAAUGAGAUGAGUCAGCUGAUCACUGCUAAUCAUACCACACAGUUCGACGCAACCCAGUGGAAUUUUAAGUAUUUUUCAUAGGCAAAUUAAAUGCAACAAUUGGACAGUGGAUCUGUUACAUAUGAGCAUCUCUGUAGGGAGAGGCUAUCCUAUCAGAAUACAGCUGUGCUAUCGUGACCGUAAGAACCCGGUACGAUUUUUCUAGGAGUGCACACGACAUAUAGUAAUUAUGAAACUUUUGUUUUAGCCAAAGCAGAGCAUUGUAACUCAGUUAGACAAUCAAUACUGUCUCGAUGUCAUAGGUGUUCUUUCGUUUUUAACGACAUAAGGUAGACCUGUUCUGAGAAAGCGAGGAAAUUCUAAGCAAUUGGAUUGCAUUGGUCAGAACAGGGCUUUGAUGAAUUGUGUCUGUACGAAUGUACAAAAGAAUGUUCUUCUGUAUGGUACCAAGGUUAUCGACAGCUCUACUGUCAAAACACAUUUCCUAGAUUGAUACAAAGGCUGUCAUCAAUGAGGAAGACACAUAAUAGUGUGAGCACUAUCACAUUUCACCACUCAUAAAAUUGUACAACUCUGAGCAAACAUGUCAUUUCACACUGGUCAUGUGCAUACAUGUGUUUCUGAAUGCACUUAUGAGGCAGGUUACAUAUGUACAAAGAAUGUGUACAAAGGCGUACAGAUGGUACUCGAAUUAUUCAUUCUUUUUUUACUGCUGCGUUGUAUCGAGUGGUAAAUGAGAGGAAAUAUAUUUGCACGCAGAAAUGUUUCAUGAACGUGUAUCGAAUCACGGGCACAAAAUGUGCACCGCGUGUGUACAGUAUGUUUGUGAGUUACUCGUUUGAGAUGUUCACACGCAUAUUAAAAAAGUGGAGACUGCACUGUAAUAUAUCAAAAUGGCUCAUUACUUAAUGUAGAAGAGACAAUACAGGAAUCAAACGUUAUAUGAUCUCAUCAAAUAAUGAGGACAUUUUGCUGUUGCAUUGUAAUGUAAAUGUUCCCACACAUUUGAAACAUGGAAGUUUGUAUGUGUCUAAAGCACUCAAAUGAGCAUCUUCACAUAGUUGUAACUUGUAAUACAGCAUACUGUGUCAUCAUUUGAAAUAAAAUGCCCUACAAGUAUUC